UUCCUUAAUAUCACCGGUUAUCAUCGCCGCUUCAUCAACAGUUUUGCAAAGAUCACUGGUCCAAUUUGUGACCUUCGUGGAUCGCCUGGAAAGACCAAGCCCGUUAACCAGUCAGUUGAUUGCAAACACGUGUUCCAAGAGUUGAAAAAGAAACUUAUG